ACUUUUUCAAUUGAAUUUGAGCCAAAAGAGGAGCAGGGCUGUUGAGCAAAAAUUCCAACUACAGCUACGUGCAACUAUAGUAGUUGUAGUUGUUGAGUGUUGCCCUCACCGUGUGCGGUUGGUGAGGACGACGAAUACUCCAACGACACCAUGUCAACGCCCUGCUCUCCGGCGACCCUCGCCUUCCUCGCCUUCCUCGCCGCCGUCGCCUUCCCAGCGGCAGCAGCGGACGGCAACGACGGCAUGACGCACCUCCACCUUUACAUCCACGAGACCAUCACGGGCGCCAACGCCACCACAGCCCUGCUCAACGGCUCCCCGCUCGGGGGCAACUCCUCCUUCGGCAGCCUCAGCGCGAUCGACGACGAGCUCCGCGAGGGGUCGGACCCGACGUCGCAGUACCUUGGCCGCGCCGAGGGGCUGCUGGUGCAGGCCGACCUGGGGAGCCCUGCGGCGUCGUGCACCAUCCUCAGCCUCGUGUUCACGGACGGGGACUACAAUGGCAGCACGCUGGUAGUGAACGGCCGCUCCGACUUCGGCGGCGACGGCAAGGCCGUGGUGGAGCGCGGCGUGGUGGGCGGCACGGGGAGGUUCCGGCGGGCGAGGGGCUACAGCCUGAUGACAAAGUUCGGGAACCCCACGCCCAGCACCGUCGUCUUCGAGAUGGAACUCUACGUCAAGAUCGGUGUCUAAAUCAGCUCUAGCCAGUUACCUACUUUUUAGAGUGUGUAUCGUCCUUCCGGUUUGUGCUUGCCAAUAAGAGCUGAUAGUGUGAAUUAAUUCACAUCUUUUGUGGUCAAAUUAUGCUGAACCGUGUACUUCCAUGUUCUUCAUUUGGUAAAAAUCCGAGAGCGACUGAGUUAUUGGAUUUUGAUUUUUUUUAAAUAAUAAUAUUUAUUGGAAAAUUGUAAAAAUAUAAUUCAAAAUGGAAA